ACGUUGCGAGUAUAUAGAUCCACUAGAUACCUGCUAUGAGCUCCAUCACUGAUCAACAGUUCUCCGCACUCGGUCGUUCUCUUCCGUUCUUUCACUGCUUAAUCUUCUGUUCGACGCGCUGGUCGCCCUCUCUAUUCUUACUUCAACCACAAUGUAUUACUCAGCUUCUUCCAUCGCGCUCGUCGCCUUCGCCGCCAGUGUCCAGGCCCAUGGAGUCAUCCUCGCCGCUGUCGGAGACAAAGGCCAGAGUCAGGGUUUCCUGGUUGACCAAAACCUUGCUCGUAACUGCACAACCAUCUCGCCGUGCCAGCAAGACUCGACCAUCAUCCGCGACUCUGAGAUCACGCAGAACAUUGUGAACUCUUGCGGACGUACAGAGAUCAGCGGCAACAUCGAUGUCGGCGAGCAGACAGAGAACGAGCUGGCUGCCGGCCGGGUGACUCAGGUCUCGGGAGGCACUGUGAUGACUGUCACCAUCCACCAGGUCAAUGCUGAUGGUGCUGGACCUUACGAGUGCGAUCUUGACCAGACCAGCAACGCUGCCACAAAGUUUGUAAAGCUAAAGGUCGCCAACAACGUCCCUGGUGCCAACGGACUUUCGCAAGCCAAGGAGCAGGAUUUCACCAUCAACGUCGCCAUGCCUGAUAACUUCAACUGUAUCGGCGCCUCGACUGGUAACAUUUGCACCGUCCGCUGCCGCAACACCGCUGUAGCUGGUCCCUUUGGUGGCUGCUUCGCUGUUCAGCAGACCGAUGGCCAAGGCCGUACCGACCCUACUGCUGCUGGUGUCGACACCGCCCAAACACUGCAGGGCAUCUCCAACCAGAUCCUGCAGAACCAGCAAGAUCUCCCCGUUGCCAUUGCAGCAAACCAGGCAGCUGGCCUUGCAGGUGGCAACGAAGGUGCAAGCGCCAUCUCUGCUCUUAUCUCUGCCACAGCUGCUCCUGCAGUCGGCGCUACUCAGACCGCCACAGUAGGCAAUGGCCAGAAUCAGAACCAGAACCAGAACCAGAACCAGAACCAGAACCAGAACCAGAACCAGAACGCUGGAGGCAACGCCAACAACCAGAAUGGCGCAGCUGGAAACCGGAACCAGGGUAAUGGUAACCAGAACGCAGCAAACGGCAACCAGAACGCAGCAAACGGCAACCAGAACGCAGCAAACGGCAACCAGAANNNCAAACGGCAACCAGAACGCAGCAAACGGCAACCAGAAUGCAGCAAACGGCAACCAGAACGCAGCAAACGGCAACACCCAGAACGCAGGCAACGCGAACCAGAACGCAGCUAAUGGAGGUAAUGCUAAUGCCGGCAACGGACGAGGCGGACGAGGAGGCAACGCUGGAGGCAACGGUCGUGGAAACAAGCG